AGGAAGAGGAGGAGCGGAGUCAGAGCACGGCGGCAGCGGCAGAGGCGGCCGCGGCGGGGACCAGCCCAGAGAGAGACCCCGAGCCCGCGGCAGAAGCGGCGGCGGCGGCGGCUGAGCGGGCGCGACCAGCCGAGCGAGCGGCGGCGGCGGCGGCGGCGGCGGCCCGGCUCCUCCUCGUCCGGCGCCGAGCGGCCCGCGCCCGCACUCGGCCCGCGGAGACCCGCCUCCCGCCCGCCGGCGGCCUCGUGAGGGACGCGCCGAGCCGGCGGCCGAGGAGCGGCGGCGGGCCGGGAGCGCGGCGGGCCGCGGGCGGAAAGUGCCUGCGGGGGCGGGGAGAGCGCGGCGAGCGCGCGGUCCGGCCGCCCCGGCGCCCGGCGCGGGAGCGGAGCGGAGCGGGACGCCGAGUCCCGAGCGGCCGGCGGCCGGGGCUCCCCGCCCCUCCCUCCUCUCCGGCGGCGGCGGCGGCGGGCGGAGUGAGCUGCGGAGCCUGGAAUAUGGUCGGGGAAAUGGAAACGAAGGAGAAGCCGAAGCCCACCCCAGAUUACCUGAUGCAGCUGAUGAACGACAAGAAGCUCAUGAGCAGCCUGCCCAACUUCUGCGGGAUCUUCAACCACCUCGAGCGGCUGCUGGACGAAGAAAUUAGCAGAGUACGGAAAGACAUGUACAAUGACACAUUAAAUGGCAGUACAGAGAAAAGGAGUGCAGAAUUGCCUGACGCUGUGGGACCUAUUGUUCAGUUACAAGAGAAACUUUAUGUGCCUGUAAAAGAAUAUCCAGAUUUUAAUUUCGUUGGAAGAAUCCUUGGACCUAGAGGACUUACUGCUAAACAGCUUGAAGCAGAAACAGGAUGUAAAAUAAUGGUCCGAGGCAAAGGCUCAAUGAGGGAUAAAAAGAAGGAGGAGCAGAAUAGAGGCAAGCCUAAUUGGGAGCACCUCAAUGAAGACUUACAUGUCCUGAUCACUGUGGAAGAUGCUCAAAACAGAGCAGAGAUCAAACUGAAGAGAGCCGUGGAGGAAGUGAAGAAAUUACUGGUACCUGCAGCAGAGGGAGAGGACAGCCUGAAGAAGAUGCAGCUGAUGGAGCUUGCAAUUCUGAACGGCACCUACAGAGACGCCAACAUCAAAUCACCAGCCCUUGCCUUUUCUCUUGCAGCGACAGCCCAGGCUGCUCCGAGGAUUAUCACUGGGCCUGCGCCGGUUCUCCCACCAGCUGCCCUGCGUACUCCUACGCCAGCUGGCCCUACCAUAAUGCCUUUGAUCAGACAAAUACAGACCGCUGUCAUGCCAAACGGAACUCCUCACCCGACUGCUGCAAUAGUCCCUCCGGGGCCCGAGGCUGGCUUAAUCUACACGCCCUACGAGUACCCCUACACGUUGGCGCCAGCUACAUCAAUCCUUGAGUAUCCUAUUGAACCUAGUGGUGUAUUAGAGUGGAUUGAAAUGCCAGUCAUGCCUGAUAUUUCAGCCCAUUGACUUGCUGGAUGACGGACUAGAAUACAGCAGCUGUUAGAACACGACCAGUCAGUGUGGGACAAACUCUUUCCGUGCUGCCCCUUUGUUUUACCAGACAGAAUUUGAAUACUUUUUUCCCCCUUGAAUUGUAUAUGACCUUGGUGCUGCAUGCAUGCUGUCGACUCUUAGGACUUUGAUCUUUACGGUUGUUGUUUUUUUUUCCAGCAUUAAUAAUGAUUUACAAAAAUUUGAAAGUCUUUCAUGAACCCGGACACUAAGAUUUAAACUUGAAAACUCAUUGUUCAAUGAAAGAAAGCCACAUGCCCUGUAUGUUAUCUGUGUGUGUGCAUGCACUCAGGUGCCUUCUGUUUCAUGAGCAGAUCCAUUUGAUUGUACGUGGUUUCCGUUGCUCUCUAAACCGUUGUGUGGAGCACCAUAGGUCAGAGUUCUGCUAUAGAGCUGUUUAAAAGAGGCUUGUUUUCUGUUACACCUUUCUCGAAGCGUUUUUACAAUAACAUGUAACCUGUAACCUGUUUACGUUUUCCUUCCUGUUAACGCUCUGUCCCGCGGCCCCACGCCUGCUGCUUCCCCAGGGCUCCUCUCUGCUGCACGCACAGCGUCUGCUCGAGGAGUUAGUUGCUUCCUGCAGGGCUGGCACUCCGAGCCACCAGCUGCUGGCCAGCACUCUCAGUGCGGGGUGUUGCUGCUGUUGCCUCGUGGAGUGGUACUCUUAUGAGACCCGUUUCUCUAAAAUGGAAAAGGGCUGAUGGACCAGCUCACUGCUUAGAAACAGCACGAGGCACUGCAGUUCCUCAUUAUAAAGUGAUGUGGGUUUUGUUGUGUUGGGAACUUUUUAUUUAUAAUACUUAAUUAUUAGACUGACAAAAUUAAAAAGCAAAACAUACAGAUACCUAAUUGGCAUUCACAAAGUGAAUAAUAAUGAGUACUAAAUGACCAAAAUCCAUUCUGAGUCUUCCUUCUCGCUUUGCCAGCUAAGCAGUAAAACAUGGAAUUGACCACAUGGAGAACCGAGAAAAUUAUUUCAAGUUGCUAUAAGUUAUAAUAAAUUUGCACACAGAUAACAUGCAUGAUAAUAUAUCAAGUUUCACAUCCUAUUAUUUUAAAAUAAGCAGUGCCCUUCGAAACAGAUGCAGACAUGUGUGUUGGUGGUAGUGAGGAGAUUGGUAUUAGCAUCAGAUCUUCAUUGAUGACUAAUUUUUAAUUCCCUUCCUUUUAUCUUUAGGUAUGGCUUUCCCAACGAAAGGCUAAGAAUUCAAGAACGGUCUUAACUGAACCCUCAUCAGAUCUGAAUUUAACAAAUGCUUAGUCUCAGCAGCCUCCAGGGGGGUGGGGGGAGCUUAGCCUAGCAGUCAGUGACUUACUUGCACUUUUUGCACACUGAUAGAAAGUAAAAGUAUGUUAUUAAUUUGGUUUAGUCUGUAUCUUACCACAUAACGGUGAUUUAUAAAGGAGUGUAUAGUAGUUUUCUGACUGCUAAGUGUACUAUACUGUUUGCUUUACUAAUCACCUAAUUCAUUGCAGUUCAUACUUAUUGACUCAAAGUUUAAAACCACAAUCUGUAGGCUGUAAGAAUUGCUUUUAAACCUUUUUAAGUGAUAAACUCUGGAAGUGGUCUUAAGGUUAGCAAAUAAUUGUCAGUAUUAAACAUGGCAUUAUUUAAGUGGUCCUGCUGCAAGAAAGGCACUUCAGUGAAUAUGUGACUAGUAAAGCUGAAAUCUGUUUGCAUCUCAUAGAGUUCAUGAAAUGCUGUACCUUGGGAUUGUGAAUGAAUGCAUAAAAUAGGUUAAGGCCAAGAUGUUUGAAAUGAAUGCAAUAUUAAUAGACGCAUAUAUACGCAACAUAUUAUGGUUAAUUUUAAAACUACUGUGCCUUAACAUGUUUCUUAAAAUGAAACUUUUGUAGUAAAUGAACCUUUGAAAUCCA